AUGGCUGACAAUCUUGUGCCUUUUGUUAUAAUUUCAGAUACUUCAGAGAAUUCAUCAGCACUUUACAUUGUAAAUGUUGAAAGAAAUGGAAAAAUUAUUUAUACCUGGAAGGGAAAUCAGAAGAGUACCCAUAUUGGAUUGUAUGACCUUCAAACUAAAGAAAAUGAGCAUCUCUAUACGUUUGAGAAAGAUCUGCGCAUAAUCAGUUGUUCAAUCAACAGUGAAAGGACAUUAUUGGCAGUCAGCUUCCGUCAGUAUACAGAGGAAGAAAGAGUGACUCAGCUGUUACAGUCAGUGUCCAAGUAUUUAACCUUGCUGAUUGAAAUUCAUCCCGUUAAUAAUGUGAGAGUCCUAAAGGCUGUGGACAGCUGCGUUCGAGUGCAGUUUCUUUAUCCAGUGGAUGGCAGAAAUACUUCUACAGAAAGUCAUCUUUUGCUCGUUUCAGAAGAUAAAUACAUUGAACAAUUUGAUAUCGACGUUGUUGCAGAAGAAGAACACAGAGUGGUGAUUCAGAACUCAGGUCAGCUUCCAAGAGUCAGAGUUGCAGAUGAUCUCAUUUGGGCACAGUGGGAUAUGACAGAACAAAGACUCUUCUACAUUGUUCCAAAGGAAUCAAGGAGUACUUUAAAAUGUGUCCAGUUCUACCCUGAUGAAGAUUUUAACUCGACAGUGGAAGUGAGAAGAAAAAGAAAGCAUCAGAUAACAAGGGGAACACUGGAAGAGAAAGAAGAAACUCCAUCCCAGUUAAAAGUAUUUGGCACUAUUCAGGUGACAGCUGCUGUAGCGAACACUUAG